AUGGCCACACUAGAACCCAUCAACCUGAUCAAAGGCUGGCCUAGCACGUCGCUGCUGCCCACCCACCAUCUGAGCAGAGCAGCUCAAACAGCAUUGGCCGACACUUCCAUCGCCUUCCCUGGCCUACUUUAUGGUCCCGAUGAGGGUUAUGCCCCACUGAGGGACACACUUGGAUCUUGGUUGACCUCUUUCUAUCAACCCGAGCAACCCAUUGGCCAAGAAAGGAUCACAAUCUCUGGCGGUGCCUCUCAGAAUCUGGCUUGCCUCCUCCAAGUCUUUACCGAUCCCGUCUAUACCAGAGAUGUUUUGUUUGCUGCCCCUGCUUAUAUGCUGGCUUUUCGAAUCUUCCAAGACAAUGGCUUCUCGGGCAAGAUGAAGGCGGUACCCGAGGACGACCAUGGCAUGGACAUGGUUGCUCUCAGAAGAGCACUCGAGGAAAGCGAGAAGCGCUCUCCUGAUAACAGAAGUCCUAUGUUCAAACCACCAAGACCUUACGCAAAAUACUACCGCCAUGUCAUCUACUGCGUGCCCACCUUCUCGAACCCCUCAUCCAGGACCUUGCCACUAGAUCGCAGGACCGAGCUCGUAAAGCUGGCUCGAGAGUUCGACGCUCUAGUAAUCUCAGAUGAUGUUUACGACUUUCUGCAAUGGCCUGCAGAUCCUAACGACUCUAAAUCCACCAGCAUCACCAAAGCGCUGUUGCCUCGUCUGGUCGAUAUCGAUCGCUUCCUUGACGGAGGGGCUGAGCGUCCCGGAGCCGAUGGCUAUGGCAACACGACCAGUAGCGGCAGCUUUUCCAAGAUUGCAGGGCCUGGUCUGCGAGUAGGGUGGUCGGAGGGGUCGCCAAAGUUCGCAUACGGAGUUUCUCAAACUGGCAGCUCUUGCAGCGGAGGGGCCCCGUCUCAACUCACAUCGACGUACAUGAAUAUAUUGGUCAAAGAGGGCACCAUGUCCGAGCACAUCUUCAAGAUACUACAACCUGCGUACGCUGCACGAUACAAGACAUUGGUCUCGGCAAUUCAGAAACACCUUUGCCCUCAUGGAGCAAAGCUGCCGAAGUCCAACCAGCCGAUCGUAGGGGGUUAUUUCUUAUGGUUGACACUGCCUGACACGAUCAAGGCAGUUGAUUUCGUAAAGAGAUGCCAGAUUGAAGCUCAAGUCAUCAUUGCACCAGGGAACAUUUUCGAGGUGCCUGGUGAUGACAGUGUCAAGUUUGAGCAUUCCGUAAGACUGACCUUCAGCUGGAUUGAUCAAGUCUUGAUGAUUGAAGCUGUGAAGAGAAUCAGCGUGGUUCUUGAGAGUUGUUUGAAGGGCGAAGGUCCUACAGCGAAUCACAAGCAGCAAUAUCAGCCCGUACUCAAAUAG